CAGCAUCAAGUGGUAUUAUGUUCCAGUGAGUGAACCGCGAUCGUUCGAGGCUGUUGGCAGAGAAGCUCUUUCCCCCAACGAUCAUACUCCAACUCAUCUGAAUAAAUGUCAGCAAAAGAAAAAAAAUAGAGAAAAAGAAAAACCAUAGAAUCAAAUAAUAAGUCAUGGGUGCCUCAGAAUCCAUGCUCUCAAGUUCCCAGAGGAUCGGCGAUGAGAUCACCACCGUCUCCGAGAGAUCAGAAGAUGUAGAUCCCCUUUUGGAGUGCCUGAAAUCCCUCAAAAUUGCAACACCCAUACUGACUUCACUGCCAACGGAGAGCAGCUUGACGGAUAUAUUGGUGAGGAAGCCAUCAUCUUCUUCUGUUUCAGGUACUUUAAAUCCGAAGGUGCUACUGGAGCUCUUCUCGAUGUAUCGUGAUUGGCAAGAGGAGAAAACACAAAAGAUUAGCAAGGAACAGGAAGAAAUAGAAAACAAGAUAGAGGUUGCAGAUGCUCUGGCAAUUAAACUUCAUCAACGGUUCAAUUUCUCGGUCUCAUCAAUGAAGACAACUUCACAUCAUCUAUCAGAAGUUCAUGCAUUGCAAGUGGAAAUUGGUGAACUGAAAGGGAGGUUGACGGAGGUAAUAAGUAACUGUGAUGCUUUAUGCAAGAGAAUUGCUGCGGAGGGGCCAGAAUCUCUUCGGGCAUCUAUCAAACCAUUUGCUGCCGCCACUUCUGAUCUAGAAACCAGCUUUCGCUCAUCUUCUGUACAAAGAGUUCUGGAUGCCAGCCAGCCGACUACAGAAACCAAACCAAAUUGAUUUCCAUUUUUUCAUUCGUGUUUAUAUUCAAGGGUUUUUAAGUUGAUCGAUGCUCUUGUCUUCCUCCACUGUUAUUUAUCGGCAAUAUGGUCUUUUCAAUUUAUUCAGCUUGCCAGAUUGUCCUCCGGAGGGGCAUCUUUUCCUCA